UCUAGUCUCUCACUACCAGUGCCCAACUUCCCGCAGGACGUCGCCAAGCGCUGUCUGCUGCUGAUUUAUAUCCAUGGCUUCGAAGGCUCGGAAGCCAGCUUCUCGGACUUCCCUGCCCACGUACACACAUCCCUGACUGACCUCAUGGGUGAGUCGCACUACAUAUACACCCGAAUCUAUCCUCGCUACAAGUCUCGAGGCAAGAUGUGCACGGCAGUGAAGAACUUCAACGCCUGGCUAUCGCCCCAUAUCGCCGACGACCUUGACGUGAUCCUGCUAGGCCAUAGUCUAGGAGGCAUCUUAGCGACGGAUGUCGCCCUUCUUCCAUCCCCGCCCUCUCCAUCAUCGACAAACAACCCCAAGAAACCACGCAUCCUAGGCCUCGUCAACUUCGACGUGCCUUUUCUCGGCUUACACCCGCAUGUGAUUCCGACAGGGAUCCGUGCGAUGUUGCCGCAUAGAACCCAGGAUGACGAUGCUACAGCUACCAUCGCAGUCAAGGAUCCUCCUGCUCCAGGCGAUUGUGUAUAUGCUGCUGCUGCUUUAACUGCAGGUCCAUUGUUCGACCCUCCCUUUGCCAACGACGUCCAUCUUGUCGAGCGAGAUCGCAUCCACGGCAUCAUCCACUUCGUCCGCAAGAACCACCAUCACAAUCUGCCCCGGUCGAUCUAUGAGCGCUUUGUGUCGUCGUAUCGAUUUGCGGGAGGGCUCAAUAAUUAUGUGCAGCUGCGUCGACGGUACAAGCAGCUUAUGGCACUGGAGGCGGCGGAAAAUGGGUCGCGUCGGGUUCGGUUCGUCAACUACUAUACCCUGAGCACGGCGACGCACAGAAAAAGGUCGCAAGGCAGAGCCAAGCGCAGAGAGCGGCACGCUCAGAGGGCACCUUCACCAGCCCCAGCUUUGUCGCAAAUUGAUGCCUCCAGUGAUUCACUGAUGAACAUCGAUGAUGGAAGCGACAGCAGCACUUGUUCGCAAGACUGUCCUCCGACUACUAUACAGAACAUCCAUUCCUCCUCCGCCUCUUCGCUCUCUUCUUCCUCUUCCUCCUCCGCAUCUACCUCCAAAUCACGCAAAUUCGUCCUCAUGCCCUCCCACCACUGGCAGAACGGAGACGAUUCACUUUGGGUACCAGUACAGAUGGAGAACAUGGAUGAAGUCAAGGCACAUCAGUCGAUGUUCCUGCCACACGGGCGACACUACGACCAGCUGGUUGGAGAAGUUGUAUCGCAGAUUGAAAGAUGGGUGCAGGAUGGCCUUAGCGAAAGGCUGAUAGAG